AAAGUUAAUUUUGUUGUUGAAUUGUACUCAAGAAACUCUUAAAAUUGACCAUCAGUUGUGUUUUACAUUGAGGAAGAACAUAUAUGAACGAUUACAAAAUCUUGAAAUUGAGGUGCCCGAUGAAUAGUGAAAAUAAGCUAUUUCAAGAAAUUCUCUUAAUCUGUUAGUUUUACACACUUAAUAGCAGCUGAUUUGUCAAUUAUCAACUCAUUCAUUUUUCUUGAUUUGAAUUCCUCACGUUAUAAAAGUUAAUUUGCUUAUUUACUCCUUAUUCAACUCUCAUCAAUGUGGUCAAAUUCGGGACUCUUGAAAUUGUGAUUUAUCAAGAGUAUAAUAAACAUCAACAUCUAGAAUUUCAGAUCUGUUUCGCUUUUAUUCAUAACUAUUCUUGGUUAGAAAUUUCAUUCGAGACCAAUCUAACGGCUUACGGAUAAUACAAACCUUUAUAAUAACUGACUACUGGUUUUGCAAUAACAUUGGCUUACAAUUGGCGUUAUUUUUUAUUGUGUUUCUUCAUCAUAUUCGUCUUUUUUCUCUUUGAUGGAAUUCGUUUAUGUUUGAAUUGCUGAUAUCGAAGUUAUUUUAGAGCCUGGAACAAAUAUGCACGUCGAUGAGGGAUCCUACGACACCCAAGAAAACUUGAAGGUUUGUGUUAUUAGCAGUAAAGGAGAAACAACUUUAGUCGAAUGUGGUACGAAUUUAUCCGUUGAUAGAAUAAAGUUAAUGGCCCUGACAAAUUUCAUAAGAGAUCAAGUGGAAGCAUUGAAAGUUGUUAAUCAAUACAAAUUGGUUUCCAUAAACAAGAAAAGAAGCUUAUCUGGAGAAGCAUCUAUUCGUGAUGAAAAUAUUGUCAAUGGUGAUACUCUACUUUUACUUGACCGAUAUCCUGUUCAAACAAAAUCUACAUUCGCUGAUAUUAUAAACAAUGAAACAGCCGGUAAAGGGCCUAAUGAGUCUAUGAUAUUAGAAGCAACAAAGCAUCUUAAGCCAAAAAAUCUCAACCAUCAAGUCACUGAAAACGUAAUUUCUUUCGAAUUCCAACAAGAGCUCCGACCAAUUCUCAUAUCAUUGGUUGACUAUGCGGAGAAACUUUUAAGACACCACCCUGAUGUCGCUCCCGUAUUGAAAAAUAUGAAAGUGAAUAAUGAUGAGCUUGGUGACAAAGGAGAGGAGGAAACCAUAGAUGAUGUUGCACUGAAACAGUUAACUGACAUGGGUUUUGCCGAAGAAAAAUCAAGAAGGGCUCUGAGAAUGAAUAAUAUGUCUCCUUUGGAAGCCAUGGAUUGGCUUUUAGCUUAUGAGUCCAGUUCAUCAGCAACUUCUUCUAUGCCAUCUUCUUCUUCAAGUCAAAUAAAUUAUGAUAAUACUGAUAUAUUUCCUAAAGUUCCAGCAAUAGUAGAUUGUUAUAGAAAAUAUAAGCGUCAACAUUUCGUACCAAAUAUGAACCAUUUCAAUAAUUUGAAGCAAUUAGGAUUUGAUGAUGAUGAGAUCCUAGAUGGUCUUUGGUUGCAUAGUAAUAACGAGGUUGCAACGGGAGAGUGGUUAUUGAAAGAAAAACGUCCAAGAGUUAAUGAAUUCUGUAGAGGUUUGAAACGUGAUAGUCCCAUUUACAAGGCAUUUAUUUCAAAUCCUUCUGUUCAAUUGGCUCUAGUCAAGCCUAGGAUAUUUUUUGCUUUUGUUCGUCUUAUUGAGGAUCCAAAUUGCCGUUGGACAAGUGAUCAUGAAACAUCUGCAGUAAUUCAACUGCUUUACAGAAUUUAUCAUUCUGAAAGAAACACUGUUGAAAACAGUGAAAAAGAUGAUGAUGAUGAUGACAUUCAAAUUGAAAAUGACCCAGGAUCAUCGGAUAACGAUUCACAGUGAAAUCAUGAGUUAAUAAAUCAUUCAUUUGUAUAAUCAUCAAAAAAUAGAAUUUUAUUUCUUUAUAUCAGCCAAUUAAGUCAAUCAAUUAACCAAUUUAUCAAUCGAACGAUCGCCCAAUCAAUUACAUAUAACUAUUAAUACAAUCUAAUACAUUUAACUUUCUGAGUUAGCUAACGUCAACAUUUGUAAUAUUAAAUUGUCGUCUUUUUAUCUUGUAUAAUUAAUAAAAUAUGAAUACGAAAUAA